CCGACGUAACAUGAAGGCUGGAACUGAGCUGAAUCACUUGGUGGUUAAAGACACAUAAGGGCUUUUGUAGGGAUGUGGUACAUAUUGACCCCAGCAAUUACUAAGUUUGGGUCUGUGCCAGAUUGGUUAAAAAUUUUAAGUUCUAUUCAUUUAGUAAGAGCUCAGAUAAUUGUUUCCAUGUGCUCGUUGAUAUAUUAAAGAGGCAGUAAGUGUGAUAAUAGGUGUGCCAGAAAAUCAAGCCAAAGGAAGGAGGAGAUAGCAGUGGUGAUGUGUAACUGUGAACGCCUUAGUAAGAAGAAAAAGAAAGAAAAGAAGAGAAAAAGAGAAGAGGAUGAAGAAACCCAACUUGAUAUUGUUGGAAUGUGGUGGACAGUAGCCAACUUUGGUGACAUUUCAGGAACUAUAGCCAUUGAAAUGGAUAAAGGAACGUACAUCCAUGCACUUGACAAUGGUCUUUUUACACUGGGAGCACCACAUAAAGAAGUUGAUGAAGGUCCUAGUCCUCCAGAGCAGUUUACUGCUGUCAAACUGUCUGAUUCCAGAAUUGCCCUGAAAUCCGGCUAUGGAAAAUAUCUUGGUAUCAAUUCAGAUGGACUUGUUGUUGGGCGUUCGGAUGCCAUUGGACCAAGAGAACAGUGGGAACCAGUGUUUCAAGAUGGGAAAAUGGCUUUAUUGGCCUCAAAUAGUUGCUUUAUUAGAUGCAAUGAAUCAGGUGAUAUAGAAGCAAAAAGUAAAACAGCAGGAGAAGAAGAAAUGAUAAAGAUUAGAUCCUGUGCUGAAAGGGAAACCAAGAAAAAAGAUGACAUUCCAGAAGAAGACAAAGGGAAUGUAAAACAGUGUGAAAUCAACUACGUAAAAAAAUUUCAGAGCUUCCAAGACCAUAAACUUAAAAUCAGUAAAGAAGACAGUAAAAUUCUUAAAAAGGCUCGGAAAGAUGGAUUUUUGCAUGAGACUCUUCUGGACAGGAGAGCCAAGUUGAAAGCUGAUAGAUACUGCAAAUGACCAGGACUUUUUUUUGUUUCUUCCUACUCCUUUUGUUUUCUGUGAAUAAAAUAUGCAGUGAUAGUGCUUUUGUAGAGUUCUUGGGCUGUUGUGGAAUUAUUGAUUAAUUAGUAUACAGUUUCAACAAGAUCAAUUUUGUUUAAGAUUCUUCAUGGAUGUACUUUAUAAAGGAAGUAUUUCAUAUGGAAAUACUUCCAUAUGCAGUUCACACGUGAAGUACUACAGAAUUUUUUUUCUGGAUUAACUCAUAAAGCAUUAAGUACUAUUAUAAAAAACUUGUUUCCUA